GCUACCAGCAUAAUUAUUCAGAGCACCUGACCACUUAGACAUUUUUUGUGACGAAACUCCCGAAUUUACUUUGGUGCUCAUAAAAAAUAAUAAAAAUUCUUCCCCUAUUGUGAUACGUCAUCCCUCGUUCUCAACUAUGCUGCCGUAUAAGGUGACCUCCAACAGGAAGAUAAAUCCUCCAAGGGCCGUGAAAGAAAAAGUUGGUUCUGCGAUACGGAAAAUUCUCACUGAAUUAAGUGAGAAGGAGGAGGAAGAAGAUGAAUUAACGUCAUCAGAUGACGAGCCCCCACUAAAGCAGCCGCGACUAAGUCGACAAAGAACACGAGGCCAAGAUAUGGACGAGAACGGGGAGAAGAACGUGCGGGCUCGAAGGACGACGUCAGUCCCACGUCGUUCUCCAAAGAUAGUGCCAAAAAAAGGUCGAGCAUCAGUAAAAAGUCGGGCGCAUUAUAGUGAGGGAGACAAGAAGAUUCUGGAGGUUGCGUUCGCCACCAACUCUAAUCCAACUCUGCAAAAACGGAACGAGAUCGCCCGUCUCCUAAACAAAAGUCCAACUCAAAUCAAAAACUGGUUUACACAGACAAGGAACACUGUUCGUCGUGGAAGGGUUAUGUUUUCUCCAGAACAAGUGACGUUUUUGGAGAAUGCGUUUCAAGAGAAUACGGAUCCAUCCGAUGUUGUGAGGACUCGUCUCGUUGAGGAAACGGGGUUGACGCGAAAACAGAUAAAUAGAUGGUUCUGGGAUCGAAAUCGCCGAAAUGCUUCACAACUCCUUUUCGUUCCUCCUCCAACACAAACGUCAAGGAAUGAGCGUCCAAGAUUUUUUUGGCUGAAGGAAAAAGGCAAGAAGAUGACGAUGAAGUGGCGAAGUGUGAAGGACGGUGAAAGUACAUUUGGAUAUUGGAAACUCUACCUCAGUUUGUGGGAAACUCCCACCGGAAUUUUGAUGGGAACGUCAGUCUGUUUCACCCAAAAGGAUGAUGUGAAUGAAGCCGCCCAACAAAUUUAUGACACGAUUAUGACAGACGAUGACGAUGGUUGUAGUUUCCGAUUGUUUGUUAAGAAACACAAUCUCAGCCCUCGUACUAAUGGAUCAAUACCACUCGGAAUUUUCGCAAAAUCGGAACUUGCUGCCAAGAAGAUCAAGUGGUACUUGAAACUUCUAAUUAAAGCGUUGGGAACUAUACACCCAGAAGAGUGUGUCCGGCUCCUCCACGACAAGGGAGAAUAUCUCAAUGAUGUCGUCCGAGAAUGUAUGGACAUCUUAGAUCCUAAAACCAGACGGUGGUUGGAAUUCUCUGCCGAAGCAAUGGACCUCCACAUUGUGGACGCCACAUUCCCUGGAGUUGACGAAGAUCUCAAGUUUCGAUUUGAAUUCAAGGACAGGUAUGGGUUUGAACCAGAAGACGGAAGUUCCAAAAGCAUUGCAUUUUUAGAUAUUAUUUCGCAUUCUUUGGACAUCUCGGAUGAUGAUGUCGUGGAAGAAGAUGAUGAUGAGUCUGCAGAAAACGAGUAGGAGUACUUGGACUGAGUAUUAUUAUAUUCAAGUAUUUUUAAGUUUGAUCAUUUCAGUUAGUGAUUUGUAUCGAAAGAUUGAUUGAUUUAGUUAGAAAUAAAUGGACUUUGAACUAAAUAAAU